GAGGAAAUCUGAAUUAAGAGUGGAGAGCAGCAGCCAAGGGCUUUGGGGCAGACGGUCAGUGAACGGGGAGAAAGGUUUGCCUUUCUUGGGGAAGGACUGCGAUCCUGAACCCUUUGGCUGGAAGUAAGACGAGACCCUGGAAUCAGCGGCGCUUACUUCCACGUGAAUCGCGGGGGAAAGGGUGGUUGAGUUCUCGGGAUCGUCCUCCCCGUUUAAGCAGUAGGUGAAAUACAGUGUGCUGAAGGGGAAAUCGGAACCGAAGGAGAAGAGUUUUGAUCCAGCUGCGCAACUGAAGGCAAUCGGCGUCGAGCGGGUGAGAGAGGGCAACGGGUACGGAAGGCAAGCAGAGCGGGAGGAACCGAGGGCUCGGCGGAGAUACCAAAUGCCAGGCUGACUGCGGAGCGCAGGCACGCAAUGGCCGCUGCCGGAUAGGAUCGGAGGCGCCGCGAUGACUUUGGUGCUGCCCCUGAGCAGCUUCUGCGAGCCCAUUGUCUCUUCCGAAGGAGCCGGCGAGUUCCAGCCGCUAUGGGAAGCGCGCUGUAGCAAUAAGAGCAGCCCCGCCUCGGAUGCCGCCGCCGCCGCCGGCAGCAGCACCGGGCAGGCGCAACAGCAGCCGCCGCCGCAGGGCAGCGACGGCCGGACACCGGCUGGGCAGCCUCCACCCUCAGGACUACACCACAGAGGGAAUUCAAACCCUAUAGCAACAUCUAAGAUCACAUAUUUUAAAAGAAAAUAUGUGGAAGAAGACGAUUUUCAUCCCCCACUCACUAAUUGUACACCCAAAACAAUCUCUGUAUUUGAGGAGCGGGCACAUAUUCUUUACAUGUCUUUGGAAAAACUGAAGUACAUUGAUGACCCUGAAGUCUACCUAAGGAGAUCUGUUCUUAUAAACAAUUUAAUGAAGAGAAUUCAUGGAGAGAUUAUCAUGCAAAACAACUGGUGUUUCCCUAGUUGCUCUUUUGGAGGUACUUCAGCUCAAGAGUGGUUCAUGUCUCAUGACUGUCCUUAUAGGAAGCGUCUUCGGAUGGCACGGGAAGACUGUGAAAAAAUCCACACAUGCUGUUUUUAUCAAGAAUGUGGCAGCCAUUAUUUAAGUUUACCAUUAUCUACUAAUUCUGCAGUGGGGAAUUCCACCUCUUCUUCUGUGUCUUUGCCAAGUUGUUCCCAACAAGUGGAAUAUGGUAUCAACAGUUCCCCUGUUUAUAGGAGUGAUGAGCAGAUACACGCCAAUGAAAUUUUCAUUACAAAUGCUGGGCCACAUGGUAAUCAGGACAAGUCAAUAUUAAGUAAUGAGAAAGGAGGCCAUGAUAUGGAUAGAGAACGUGCUUCAGACUGGGAACCUAUGAAAAGUGAUCAUGGCAUAGAAUGUAAAAACAAAUAUUACAAUUAUUUUGACAUGGGUCAUGAUGACAAGAACAACAUGAAUGAAUCUUGGAAGAAGUGUUUACGAAAAAGGGAGUGUUUACCAGGUAGCAAAGUAUGUUGCAGUAAAGGAAAUAAAAUAUGAACCAUCUUCUGAAUAAUUUCAGUUUAGAAGCAAGCACAGUGUGUUGACAUUAUCAGAAAAAAAUCAUUUUGGAUCAAUUUUCUUAUGCUUUUAUAGAACUAAUACAAUUGUGUCAUAAGCUUCAUGGAUACAUUCAGUGACUGUGGAGCAGAUUCCAUCAAAGCGUAUGUAUGGUCUGCAUCAUGAGCUAUUUAUAAAUACAUGGGAUCCUCAUAAAGAGCACAGUUGCAUUGUAUACUUCCAUUGCUGGAAGAACCAAUAAACCAUAUGGAGAAAACAUAAUCCCUUUCAUGUAUCCCUUUGGGAACCUGACAUGAAUUAAGAGGAAUCUUCUUUAUGCUUAUCAAUUAAUUAUACAUUUGAUAAGCAAAUUGUUACCAGCAAAGGGGAAGAAUACUUUUUGCCCAUCAAAAUGGCUAUGAGAAGGACUGCAUAGAAAUGAAAUGGAAUAGGCCCACCUUAUGGUCCAGUACUGACAUUAUUCUAAUGUAUUUAAGUCUGGUUUAAUUGAUAGGGUACAAUAAUACCUUUUUAUGGAGACUUAAUCUGAAAUGCUACAUACAGCUCCAGCACAUGCACAGUUUUCAGCUAAGCUGCAAGAAUGAACAAGCCUUAUAGUGGUUUAUUGCUAUAAUGGCAGAGGUUUUUUUUGGUGCCUUACUUUUUAUCUUAAUUUUUCCAGGGUGAAAAUUAAGUUUAAAAAAACAGCUACAGCAGGGAUGUAAUCUAAACAGGAAAAAAUAAUAACAGGGUGGAUCAAAUAUUAUUAGAAUUCUGUCUCCUUUGAAAUACAAAGCUUGAUUUCCUAUUCAAAUGCCGCUAGUCAUUCUUUUUGCUCAGUCGCUUUUUGAUUUGCCAUUUUUAGGAAAGGAUUGAAGGAAAAAAAAAAAAACACAAUAGAGACGUGUCUCUUGUAAACAAGCAUUAGCUCCUUGAAUAUUUCUAUGGCAACUGUCUGUUGCUUUGAUAUUUUUUUUCCUUUUUCUUUCUAGCAUAAUGAAGUUCAUGAACCAGUGGCAUGCUUUAUACUUUACUCUGUUUCACAUCAUUUUCUCUUUUCAAAAAAUUGUAAAGAGCAUGUACUGGGUUUUCAUAUAACUUUAGGGUUUUUUUUAUUUUGGAAAAAAGCACAAUGUUAAUAAAUGAUGUGGUGAUAUAAGAUUUUUAUCUGAAAUGAAUGUAAGAGUUUCAAUCUGUUUUUUUUUUUAAGAUUAUCUUGGAGAAAGAGGGGGAUAAUCUUCAAUUAUUAGGACUACAUUUUGGUCAUUUCUGGAUUUCUCCAUUUUAAAAAUGGUCUGGCUAAAGUUCAGUAUCUUUAAUUCCAGGUAAAGCACACAAUGAAUUCGGUUCCAUUUAAAUGUAAUUUUUAUAGCUGAAAGAAUCAAUAAAUGGGGGUAAUCAUUAUUAUAUGACUUGACCACUUAAAGUUCUGCCUGAAUUAGGAGCAAUCAUAAUUCCAGCAAAUACUUCAUUUUUGCUGGAUCAUGCCCUUAUUUUUUUCAGCAAAGAGUGAAGAAUUUUCAUCUGGAUCCAACUUAUGCUUCAGUAGAAUUAUGUUCCUAAUUUAUCAACAGAGAUUAUACAGUUAUAACUUCCAGUGUUCAAAAUCUGCCCACUUAAUCCCCCUAAAAACUAUUUACAUUUUUCUCAACAGCUACAUGAAUUAUUCAAACAAUUAUAAAAUAAUUUUCAGUUCCUAUGCCUUAUCCCAUAACCUAUAAUUCCUGUUACUCUGCAUGUACAUCUUUGAUGCAAUUAAUUAUGAAAAGCAUGAAAUCUUGGAUGGAUUGUUGCUUCCUUUGUAUAGAACAUGCUUUGCAUAUAAAAGAUCUUAGAUUCAUUCCUUACAUUUCUCUUUAAAAUAUGAGGUGACAGAUUAAGCAAAAGUCUUCUGCCAGAAAAUCACUGCCAGUCAGGGUAGACAAUACAGGGUUAAAACACAGUUUCCUUUCCUACAUUCAGCAUCUGAUAUGGAAGCAAUUUAAUUUAAUUGCAAAUACUGGGAGCUGAAAUGUCUACUUUUUGACACUAGGAACUAGCUAAAGUCCCAUCUAUUAGCUUGUGUUAAGUGUAUAGCUUCUUUCUAAUCUCUUCGUCAUCAUUAUCUACAGAGAGUGGAUUCGUAGACUACACUAAACCAUAAUGUAGUUUGUUUUGAACUUAGACUGUUGUGAGACCAAUUUAGCUUAGCAUUGUAUAAACCAGUCAAUUUGGACAACAAACUAUUGGUAAACUGUGUAUUAGUGCAAUUUAUGAAAAAAAUCUGAAUCAGCUGCAUAUUUGAUGCGGAUAAGAGGUAGCAUUAUCUAGUAGGGUAGCUUCAAUAUAUAUUUCUUCCGUAAGAUACACACUCAAUAAUCCUUAUCUGUCUUAAAUACUUGCUUAACUUAAUUACCAUUGUAGAAAGAAUAUUCUAAAUAUCCAAAGAGAAAACAUCAAGAAAAGUUUAAUUUAACUGGGAGUACAGAUUUAAUUUAAAUUCACUGCAUCCAUGACAGAUAAUUAGCACAGUUUUAUAGGAGAGUCUAAGAAAUCUAGUUUAUCAUCAUCAGUAUGUCCCUGUAUCAGGAACCAAGCUUUCCCUACAGGAGUCUGGCAAGCAAGGGAGCUAGAGAUAGGAUAUUGGGGGUGGGAGUGGGGGUGUCAGAAAAGUCAUGAUGGUCCUUUGAUUGCACAGUCAUGGCUACCAUCUUUACUUUUUUUUACCCUUCCUGUAGACACCCCUGGUUAGAGAUUAGGAUCUCUCAUAAGGCUGUGUGGCUAUUCUGCUGUGUAUGAUAGAAUAGAGAGGAAGGCUGCUGAAGUAGCAGCUCAUUUGCUGGGAUCCAAGACUCACCAGGAAAAUCUUAACUCCCUUGGCUCCACAUCUAAGGACCAGGAAGCAGUCAGAUGAGGUAGAUGGGAAACAUUUCAGCUCUAAUAGUCAGGAAAGGGCCUGCAGUACAUUGUGUUGUCACCUUUAAAAAGAUGUCAUUUACAUUACAUGACUCUGUCUUCAACUUUCUUCUGUACUUAGGAAAUGCAAAGAUUUCUAGGGCUGGGGCAUUCAAUGUGGUGUUGGUGGGCACCAUAACAAUGAUCAGGCCAUAUUGUGACACCCACUGGACUCUUUCUUCCCUAUGCAAACAAAUGGAAUCAUAUCAUUUACUUGCACUGGGAAGAUAAAAUUCUGCCCUAUUAAAAAUGGGGGCCACCAGGGACACUUAUAGAAAAGAAUUUUGUCACCAAAUGGACUUUUCUCUUUAUUUCCAAUUAAUUUUAAGUGGAGAAGAACGCCCCCUGCCAGACUAAUAAAUGGACCAUUCUAUUUUCUUUUUCUUGCUUAUUUUUUCUCUCUUUCCUUUCCCUCUAUUUUUGUUUUGUAUAGGAGAAAGGAAAACAGAGAUAAAGUGAAUAGGAGAAUUUCCAACUUUUGUGAUUGACUGCACUGACCAACAGUCUGUGGUGUGUUCUCAUGACAUAAACAAUCAUCCACUCCCCCUUCCCCCAAUAAUAGACAUACCACGGUGUGCCAGCAGCAGCUGAAUGAGAAUAGAUGGGUCUGUGUGUUGGUGGCCAAUUUUAGAAUCCUCCUAGCUUCUGCAAAAGGAAACAGGGAGGCUCUCAGUCCCUGCUUUGCUUCCCUUCCAGUUUUUCAAAGUCUGAGUAAAAAAAAUUAAGAAACCCACACAUGCUUGAAAUUAAGGUUUAGGGUAAGGGAUUUUCUUACCCAGAUCCCAUCCAUUUCUGGUAAUUCUUCAUUCCCCAUGUGGCCACAAGGAGGUGGAUUAAAAACCAAAAUAACCAUAGAAAUUGAAUGCAUAGACAACCCCCCCCUUUUUUUUACAGGACCUCUCUAGGACUUUGUCUUUAUUUUAGAUGAGAUAGGAAUUAGCUAACCAUCUGGCUAGCAGUCUUGAAUGGAGUUAAUUUAACCUUAGGCAAGACUGUGUCUCUUUAGAUCUAAAUCCAACCCCCAAAGAUUAGCUGAUUGGGUCAACUCACACAUUUUUUAAUGCUCCUAUGACACAUACAAUGUCCAGUGUAUGAAUAUUCAUGCUUCCCUCUCCCAUGAUAGCCAUUUUAUUGCUAUGUCACAACUGUAUGACAUGUGCCCAUAGGUCCAGAAGCUGGGGGAGAAUUAAAUAUAAAAUUGAUCUAUGCCAGUAUUGGAAAUUUUACAAGGCUAGCAUUUCCAUUUUUAAAAGGUUGUCCCACCUUUUUUCUCCAAGACAAAAGCAUUUUUAUUAUUGCUAUCAAUAUUAAAUAUAGGUCUCAUUCAUACAGUGUAUGAGUAGGAUCAUUUAGUCAUUUGUCCACAUGGACCAAUUUUUUAAAAAGCUGACUUUUCUUGUGUUAUAUUCAGUUGAGAACAGAAAGAUCUGUUCUUUUUCCAAUAUAUGUCAAACUUUGGAUGUUUUAAGCUUAGAUAUUUAGGUAUUUGUAUACUAAGGUGAUGUUGUA